AUGUCUCCUAGACAGCUCAGCCACGAUGUUUAUACUGUGGGUUGGCUAUGUGUGCUUGAGUCUGAGCUAGAUGCGGCAAGAGCAAUACUGGACGAAGAAGAUGAAGCUUUACCGCCAGGUAUCAAUGAUGAUAAUGCCUAUAUUCUUGGUCGAGUGGGAGGACAUAAUGUUGUCAUUGCCUUUCCUGAAUCACAUGGAACAAACGCUGCUGUUCAAACGGUUACCAACAUGGCUCGCACAUUUCCCAGAAUCCGGUUUGGGUUAAUAGUGGGAGUGGGAGGUGGUGCACCAAAAAGCCCGCAUACUAAGGAUCCAAGGAAAGACCUUCGGCUCGGGGAUGUUGUAGUGGGUGAACCUCGUGGUAAUCAUGGUGGAAUUCUUCAAUACGACCUGGGAAAAUGGAAAGACAACAAUCAAUUCCUGACCGAGUCACAUUUGAACAAACCCCCGACAAUGCUGUUGAAGGCAAUGAAGUGGGUCAAGGCAGACCAUCGAUUCAAUUUACCGGAAAUUGAAGGCUUCGAAUUUCCUGGUCGACAGCAAGACCUUCUUUUCAAAGCGGACUAUAUUCACGUGGAAGGAGAAGACUGCCAAAACUGUGACAUUCAACAAACUGUGAAUAGACUCCACCGCACUUCCGAAAAUCCUGUCAUUCAUUACGGUCUUAUUGCCUCUGGAAAUGCUGUCAUGAGAUCUGCACAGCGUCGGGACGAGCUGCGGGAUGCUCAUGAUGUGCUGUGUUUCGAAAUGCAGGCAGCAGGAUUGAUGAAUUAUUUUCCAUGCGUCGUGAUCAAGGGCAUCUGCGACUACGCCGAUGGUCACCAAAAUAAACAGUGGCAGCCAUAUGCUGCGGUUGCUGCUGCUGCCUAUGCAAAAGACCUCCUUAGAGUGAUCCACCCAGGGGAGGUUACGAACUUUGAAGCGGCCGCUGAAAUGAUCAAAAAUUUCAGUGAGACCAUGUCAAACACAAAGAGCGAUGUUGCCAAAAUCAGAUUGGCAUUAGAUGAUGAUCUCAAGCACAAAUUCCUCCAACGGCUGACUCCCGUCGACUACGGGGAACAGCAUAGUGAAGUCCUCCGUCAACGAGCAGCAAAAACUGGACAGUGGCUACUGGAACCCUCUGAGUAUCAGGAAUAG